AUGGGGGCGGGGCUGAAGCUAAAGUUAACUACCUAUCGCGGUACAAUACAAGUGAGGGCGCUAGGCGUUCGUAUAAUCAUAGAACCACCUCAACUCUACCUUAACGUCUCUUCUCCCCACCUUACAGACACCGCUGUUAUCAAAUUGAUCAUGGCGAUACCUAUCCGUGUUACUGUGCUAGGUGGUCCGCAAAGCGGCAAGAAUUCGCUCAUCGCUCGCAUGAACAAAGAAGUUUACAGGCGAGUUGCCGAUCGACGUGUAUUCCUGUUCAGUAUGGUGGAUUGUGGCGAGAGUGUCGAGCUUGCCGCGUCAUGCGAAGAGCCACUCUUCGUACUAUCAAUAUUUGAUCUCGCGCAAGGUGGCACUGGCCUUUUGAACGCAGUGGCUUUAGCUCGCGCGGUCUUGCAGUUAGCCCAUCGUGCUUGGCCGAUCUGUCUUGUUGGCACCAAGCUAGAUCUCGUUCCACAAGACUAUUCCGAUUGGGACUUGGAGGUUCGCCAAUAUGCUGCAGAAAGCCCUUGGAGAUACAAUAUGCCCUUCGUGGCUGUAAGCAGUGUCACUGGUCAAGGUGUUAACAAUCUCUGCGAGCUCGUUACGAAUCAUAUAUACCCUAUCGGAGAAAGGAUGUCAAUUGCGGACAUGCUUCAUGUUGUGGUAAACUGGUUUCUAGAUCACGUAGCAGCUACAUUUUCACUCCCGGUACCGGGGAACGAGGAGACACCUGACACACUUGAGUUAGACGACGCCAAAGUAAAUGCUCUCCUGAAAACCCCGGAAGCGGUCGCCUGGGACGAUAGGCUGAAAACCUACUCGACCUUUUGGAAUGCUAGCUCCGUUCACAAGAUCACGCCUUCAUUGGUAGUUAAACGAUUUACGAGCACGGAGCUGGAGAACAUGCUCUACGUGCGCAGACACACAAAAAUUCCGGUCCCGCAGCCGCGUUGUCUCAACCUCUCGCGCUGGCUCGCGAUGGAUCUCGUGGAUGGCCAGAUGCUGAUUGACUGCUGGUAUUCCUUGUCUUUCUUCAUGCAGUUCCGUGUUGCGUGCACUCUCCGGUCAUAUAUCUCCCAGCUCCGCCAAUUGACUCGGGACGUUCCUGGUCCGGUAGACGGCGGGUCAUUCAGUGGUGCUCUAUUUGAUGAAACGGAAUACGGACCCUUUCCCUCCUCUACACGCUUUCGACAGCAGUGCGAGAUGAUUGCCCACAUUAGCUGGGCCCGUCGUGUGCGAUAUGUAAAGUCUGAGCAUAGUCCUAUUCCUCCCCCUCCGGUAUUUGGCGGCGAUUGGUCUCUUUCGUUCGUGCACGCCGAUUUGGGCCCAUCAAAUAUGAUCCUGUCGAAAGAGGGGGUGUUAUGGAUCAUUGAUUGGGCGGAUGCCGGAUUCUUCCCCGGAUUCUUCCCUCACUGGCUGGAGGCGGUGGCGAUGCAGCGAUACGUUGACACUCCUAGAGUCCCGAAGUUAUGGAGAUGGCUGCAAUGGUUCGUCACUGGGUCCUACCCAGCCCAAGAAGAACUGUGGGAAUACUUCAUGGCUGAUGCACACAGAUUUUCAUCUGAUUACUCGUCGAGCAAGCACCCCUUGGCACGCGACUCAUCACUCAAUGGCUGCAGUUACCCAUCUAGAUGA